AUGGCAGCCUCAACAGUUGCUCCACCAAUAAUUCUUCGUUCAGUUGAGAAGCACACUUCAACGCUUAUUUUCUUUCACGGAUUGGGAGAUCAAGGAGAUGGCUGGGCAAGUGUUUUUAAAGAAGAAAUGCGAGUGCCGUAUAUAAAAUAUAUUUUCCCAAAUGCCCAAAGUAGGCCAGUAACUUUAAAUUUUGGUAUGCGGAUGCCUGCUUGGUAUGAUAUCCUUGGAUUGACUGCUAACUCUGCAGAGGCGGGAUUGACUUUCGACAAACCUCUUGGAUGUAUUAUCUCGUUGAGUGGGUAUUUAAUCCAGAGAAGUAAAUUACCAGGGGAUCACAAAGCAAAUUUGAAAACGCCUGUUUUCCUAGGACAUGGGCAAGACGAUUUUCUUGUUCCUUAUAGCUUUGGUCAACUGACUUAUCAGGAAAUACAUAAAUUUAAUCCUAACGUAACUUUAAUUCCUUAUCAAUGUCAACACGGGACAACUCCACAAGAGCUUGCUGAUACUCUUACUUUUAUUAAAACAAGCAUUCCAGCAGAGGAGAAAAGUUGUGAAAAUAAGGAAAAGGUUAUUUUUCGAUUUUUUAAAUAAAUUUGUUGAAAAAAAAUAUUUUUGAGAGGAGAGAAACUUGGAAAUUUUCUUUAAAAUUCCUUCUUCUUCUAGUUUCCCUUUUAAAUUUCCUCCAUAUUUAUUUGAGAAAUACAAGUUGCUUCGUGUGAUUUAGGAACCAGGGUGGGUUAUCUGAAAUCCGGACUUUUUUCUCAACCCGACCCUCCCUGGUAGUUACUUUGGAACCACAGAGGUGGUUCCUUCCUAUACAAAUUUCAAUUUUUUUCAAUUAAAAUCCAGUUACCUUCAAAAUCUAGUUUCCUUUGGUUC